UCGACAAAAUCUUAUCAUGUCAACAUGGCUACACCACUGUCAUGCCAGUAAACAGUCUCGAGGGUUGCAUGCACGAGGGCUGCAACUGGAGGAGGACUUUAAAGCUAAGCCGCUGAUCACCGGACUUCGACCCUGAAAAUUGUCAAUGAGUAUAAAAGUAGUUGUUUGUGUUGAAACGCCUGCAGCUGCCCCGAGGUCUGCUCCGUAGCUCUCUGCAGCCGAAAGCGGUCGAUGGAUUUCCAAAAACUUUGCACUUUUGACACCUUCAAGCAGCUGUGGAGUCACUACGGUUAUGGAGAAAACUUCCAAGACGUGAUUGAGCAGGAGUUCACACGGAUUAAAGGAAUUACAUACCUGGAUCAUGCAGCAACUACUCUGUACCCUGAGUCUCUGGUCAGGGACUACUUCCAGGACAUUUCAAGGAAUGUGUACGGAAACCCUCACAGCCAUAACCCCAGCAGCAGACUGACGCAUGACACAGUGGAGAGGGUCAGAUACAGGGUAUUGCAGCAUUUUAACGCCACCCCUGAGGAGUACUCUGUGAUUUUCACUUCUGGUUGUACAGCCACACUCAAAUUAGUGGCUGAGAGCUUUCCCUGGAGGCCACAGACUGAGAGCGAAGCAGGGAGUUGCUUCUCCUACCUCACUGACAGCCAUACCUCUGUAGUUGGCAUAAGAGGACUGACUUCUGGCCAGGGGGUGGUUGCCCUGCCUGUCUCCCCGCAGGAAGUGGAAAACAGGGCAAAGGAUGAAGCUCAAGGUGAAGAUGUUAUUUGCCAGACACCACACCUCUUCUGCUAUCCAGCACAGAGCAACUUCUCAGGGAGGAAGUAUCCCCUUAGCCAUGUGAAAGGCAUCCAGGCGAGACGCCUUUACCCAGCGUGUGGCCACCACGGCCGCUGGUUUGUGCUGCUCGAUGCAGCAUCUCAUGUCAGCUGUUCCCCUCUAAACCUACAGGAGUGCCCUGCUGAUUUCAUUCCCAUCUCCUUCUAUAAGAUGUUUGGCUUCCCCACAGGUCUGGGGGCCCUUCUUGUCCGUAACGACACAGCAGGCAUACUAAAAAAGACUUAUUUUGGAGGAGGCACAGCAGCAGCUUACCUUUCUGGAGAAGAUUAUUAUGUGCAGGUGGCAAACAUUUCUGACAGAUUUGAAGACGGGACUGUCUCUUUCUUAGAUAUCAUUGCUUUAAAUCAUGGUUUUGAAGCUCUUAACAGGAUCACAGGGGGCAUGCACAACAUCCAACAGCACACAUUUGGCUUGGCACGCUACACUUACAUGCUGCUGUCAAGUCUUUGCCAUGGCAACGGGCGACCAGUGGCUCAGAUAUACACCGAAGGCCAGUUUGAGAGUCCAAGCACACAGGGCGCAAUCCUUAACUUCAACAUUAAGGAUUCUCACGGACAGAUAAUUGGAUAUUCUCAGGUGGACAGAAUGGCCAGUCUUUACAAUAUCCAUGUGCGCACAGGUUGCUUCUGUAACACCGGUGCCUGUCAGUUUUUCCUCGGGAUCACCAAUCAGCAGAUGAGGAGGAACCUGCAGGCUGGCCAUGUCUGUGGAGACACUAUCGACCUGGUGGACGGCCAGCCGACCGGAUCUGUACGUGUGUCCUUUGGCUACAUGUCGACAUUUGAAGACUGUCAAAAGUUCCUGAACUUUGUUGCCGAGUGCUUUGUGGAGAAACCAGUCACAGUGGACCAAGUGAGACUAGAGAAGCUAAAAAAAGCCACAGCAACAACCCAGAGCCUAAAUGAAGGAAUCAAAAUCACUAAUGGAGAAAGAUGUAAAGUAGAUGAGAAGGAGAAGGCUGCAGAAGCAUCAUUGAGAGGAUUUGGACACAGAGACUCACACAGAGAGGCUUAUACUCUGACCAACAUUUUCAUAUAUCCCAUCAAAUCAUGUGGCGCCUACGAGGUCCACAACUGGCCGGUGGGACCACUGGGUUUACUGUAUGACAGAAGCUGGAUGGUAGUGAAUGGAAACGGCGUGUGCCUGAGUCAGAAGAGAGAGCCACGCUUAUGCCUCAUUCACCCACAAGUCCGCCUGCCCUCAAACAAAUUGCUCCUGCAGGCAUCAGGCAUGGAUACCAUUUCAGUUCCCUUGGAAAGCAACAAUAAAAUGCACACAAGCUAUCAGGUGUGUCAGAGUAAAGUUUGCGGUGACAGGGUGGAGACUGUCGACUGUGGGGAUGAGGCUGCAUCAUGGCUCUCAGAAUUUCUUGGACAGCCAUGCCGCCUGAUAAGACAAAGUCCUGAUUUUACCCGAGACAUGAAGAGACCUAGUGGAGCUGCCACCUCCACAUCCCUCUCCCUCGUGAAUGAAGCUCAGUAUCUCAUGAUCAACCGUGCCAGUGUGGAGCUCAUUCAGAAACUAAUGAGGAGCAGGCAGGACGACUCCGAGGGCGAUCAGCUCCUUGACACACAGAAUGUCAUUAGCCGCUUCCGAGCCAAUUUAGUCAUCGCUGGGGUUGAACCAUUUGAGGAGGAUAAUUGGUCACACUUGAUUAUUGGCAACACUCGAUUCGUGGUCGUAGGGCAGUGUGGAAGAUGCCAGAUGAUCGGAGUAGACCAGGAGACUGGGACCAAAACAAAAGAGCCACUAAUGUCUCUCUCUGCCUACCGCAAUAAGAAGGUCACUUUCGGUGUAUACCUCACCCAUCAGGUACCAGAGGGCUCCACUGAAGCCUGUGUUCUCUCUGCUGGUUCCUUUAUACAGCCAGUGCCGCACAGUUCUUGAAGUAGUCAUCUGCGUCUUUAUUUAUUUUGCUGUCGUCUUCGGUCCUAAGUGGUUAUUUUUGCACUGCAUGUCCUAAAGAUCACCUGUCAAACACUGCGGGGAGUUUCUGUAGAUGUUGCUCUUUAAUUUGUCUGUGAUGCCCUGGUGGCUUUUGUCCUCUCAAGUAUCCUUUUCAUACCAGGGCAUUCAGAUUUCAUUUUGUCUGAGUCUGUUUUGAUAGGAAAUGAAUAAGAUUUCUAGAUUUCUUCCCCAGUGGUUACGUUCUUAAAAUGUGUGCAAUAAAAUGGAUGUAUUAAUUGCAAUUAUAAUUUGAAUGCAUGACUAUUAUUUGAGCCAAAACAUGUCAGCCUUGAUGCAAUAAUCGCUGCUCAUGGUAACCUCCUAGACAGUUGAUCCUCCUCUGUUUAUUCCCAUGGAGGAUUAUAUUGCUAUUUAUUCCAAACACACCACCGCUGUUACUGCUGCUACAAAUCUAAAACAUAUUGCUCCCUGUAAUGGAAAAACCUACCAGACACUCAGUGUAUGCUUUCAACGUGGUGCAGACUUGGACAUCAGAUGUUCUGCCAGAGAAAGUAAUAACUUGAUGCAGAGAGGAUAGAAAAUGUGUAUUUUCUUGGAGUAAAGUUAGAUAUCUUGGCCACCAGAAAUGAUGUGCUCAGGGUGACAUGCUUGUACAUGAAGCACAUACGUAUGUGCUCAAAUGAUGUGUCAAGGUCUGGCAGUAAAUUGUCCCUGUAAAUUGCUCACCUAUGGUGUUGUUAUAGAGAGCUGUAAGAGGUGGCUGUUGUGUGUCCCAGGGUUUUGUGCUGCUUAAAGGACGUUAGCCAGUAUGUGUGUGUUCACAUUUCAAGCUGCAUAGUGCACAGAAAUAGGGUUGCACUACUAAUUGAAAUACUAUCAAAAUCACAGUAUGGCCAAGUGCAAUAUCCAAAUCGCAGCAGGCCUACAAAUCAUAUUCCAGACCUAAGGGAUCAUGCUUGUUUCAUACAGACCCCAGCAAAAAAUUACAUCAUCAUUUCUGUAUUUUUAUCAGUGAAAAUGGAGUGCAGAAUUACUAUUCCCACUAAAAUUCAACUCAUAUCAUCAUUGCAGUAUCUAUCAAAAAUAAAAACAAUGUGAUUUUUUUCUUGCAUAUCGUGCAGCUCUACAUAGAAAUAGAUUGGAUAUGUUAGGGAAUAGUAGGACAUGACUGUACAAAGUGCCUUAGUAGUGUGUUGGACUACAACAAACUUGGACAGCUUCAGUGCUGCUAGAGGGAUGAAAACCAUUCUUCCAAAAGAUAUCGCCUCACAUGAUUUUUACAGGGUAUAGUAUAUGACUCACAGCAUUUUCAUAGCUACUCAUUAAACACUUUAUUGACUCUUCUUUUUCAUUAACAUCCAUCUCUUCCUCCUCCUGGCACCAAACACUGGUACAAUUUCUGGAGACUAGGGCCUGUUACAACACGGGGAAGUUGCAACAGCUCUUAUUCCUCCAAUCAGAAGAUCAUUUUUAACACAUUGCAACACGUUUUCAUCCCAAGUCGUCACAUAUCGCCUCUUUGUCAGUGGUCGUUUACAUCUACCUAUUACGCACCAGGUAUCCUUCUGCGUCAGCUGUUAACUAACGUUCCAGAAUGCCACUACCAACGCAGACAUCAACAAAAGCACAUGGUUAGGUUCAGGCUACAACAGCAUGUGGUUGGGUAUGAAGAAAACAUCUUGGUUUGGGGUCCACAUUCAUACAGGAGGCAACCACCUGGCUUCUGAGUGAAAGUUUGAAAGUCAGCUCCUUAUAUUACAUCAUUACUGGCAGAGUUUCAACCUGAUGCUGUCCAGAGGCGUAUCAUAAAGCCGUGACAGGUGCCAUCUGGCAGACGGGCAGUGUAUCAUAACACUGCGAAAGGUUACGUCCAGUUACAUUCUCACGCUGCCCUGCCGCAUAUUGUACCACCACGAAAGUUGGCUUUUGGCUUCAGGAAUCUGAGGUCAAAAUCACUGACAAAGCAACGGUAUUUGAUGACUUUGGAAUGAGAGCAAGCUGUUGGAACUGUCCCCAGGAUUGGGAUCAGUUGCAACCACAGAUGGUAUAAAUAAUGGACACAACUACCGUGAUGUCACCCACUGGUUUGUAAACUCCCAUUUUGAAGCCUCAAGUUCGGCAUUUCGGCCAUCGUCAUUUUGGUUUUUUUUGGAGCCAGAAGUGACUUUAUUUGGACGAGAGGUUGAAGCAGUGAGUGGUGUUAUUUGAUGUAGCAAGGCCUUACAGAUGGCCUGUCACGGUAGCAGCCCCGCCCUUAAAUAUGCAUAAUCUUGAGCUUUAAUGAAAUGUAAAUGGGUACAUUAUGAAAAAAAUAACACCCUGUACAGUUGUCAUGAAUGUUAAAAUUAGCUAUAGAGACUAAAACCAUUUUUUAUGUCUGCAAUAAAGUUGUGCAUUUUAACGUGGGUGUCUAUGAGGAUUUACUCCAGGGGUGAUUCUAGAAUCAGAGGUUUAGGGGUGCUGAGCACCCAGAGAGCUGCCCGGCCAGGCAAGAUAAAUUUCACUGUUUUGUACAUUUUAACGCAAUUUCAUUCCCACAUUUGUGAAAAAAAGCACAACACUUUUUGGGAAAGUCUGUGACUAAACCAUCAAAUCUGAUCAAGGUUAUUUAAAUGCUGAGCCACAGCAAAAGAGGAAUGGAUUGGAAUCAUAAAAGAAACGUAUCGUAACCCUAAUUUACCCUGGAGUAAACCAGCUCCCUAUAGUGAGUACCAAAAAUACCAAAAAUGGACCUUGGGCUUAUUUUUUGGACUUUAAUUUGAAAUGUUUGUCUCUGCCUUUUUCCUUCUUGUCUGUAUUAUAUAAUACAAAUACGUAAAUAAAAA